CUCACCUUCUCUGCUCAAGUAUACGCAGACGGUGAUCUGACCCGCGUCACUGAACACGAAGAAAGCGAAGAAGUCAAAGAAUGGGAGAAUGUGAAAGUGUACGAUAGCCUUAUGAUUCGUCAUUGGGACACCUGGCUUUAUCCUGGAAAGAGAAGCCAACUAUUCUCGGUAGAUCUUACCAGACAUGGAGGUUCAAAUGGCGCUCAUUGGUCUCUCGCUGAUGCCAUACACAAGCCGCACUGGUCAUUUGCAAGUCCUUUCCGUAAUUUGCUAAAUGGAGUCAAAUUAGAAUCUCCUGUUGCGCCUUUUGGUGAUACGGGUGACUUUGCAGUCAGUGCUACACAUGUUGCUUUCACUGCUAGAGAUCCUGAUGUCUCUGCUGCCAUUACGACAAAGCAUAACAUCUAUAUUGUUCCUCUCGAUGGUAGUGAGCCACCUAAAAUGAUCAAUGCCGGAGAUCAUGGUGCAUCUUCAUCACCAAACUUUUCACCAAAGGGUAAUCAUUUGGUUUGGUUGCAAAUGUAUGAUAAUCGCUACGAAGCGGAUCGCAAUCGAAUCACUAUCGCGCAUGUUUCUACAGGCACCAUAGCAACAAUCUUGCCUGAAUGGCAAUUGUCACCAGCCACUAUCGAUUUCACACGAGAUGGAAAAAGUUUGGUGGGAACAGUGGAAAACCAAGCGCAAAAACGUUUAUUCACCAUUGAAUUGCACAGAGGCGGCGGUGAAGAUGGCGAUAAAUUGACAACGGUUGACAAACAUGAGGUCGCUUGGCAGACAGAGGAAGGUGCAGUUGGUUCAGUCUUGCGUACAGCUCACGCAGAUGAAUGGUUAGUCUCUGCCUCAACUCUUCGAGGACCAGCAGAAGUCUGUCUCGUAUCGAAAAAGAUUCAGGAUCAAUCCAAUCUUUUGCAAUCCCAUGCUGUCCCAUUGACCAACUUUGGACAAUCAAAAAGCAGCUCUUUGUUCAAAGUAGACUUUGGCGCAGAAGCUGAGCAUUUCGCUUACCCUGGUGCAAACGGUCGUGAUGCAUAUGCUUGGCUUGUCAAGCCUCCAGGAUACGAUGAAAAUGCCAAAGGUCAGUAUCCAUUGGCCGUGCUUGUUCAUGGUGGACCAGAAGGCGCUUGGGUGAAUUCAUGGAGUGCACGUUGGAAUCAAUUGGUCUUUGCUGCUCAGGGAUUUGUCGUUGUUGCAUUCAAUCCUGCAGGAAGUACAGGGUAUGGACAAGCAUAUCAAGAGGAAAUCUUGGGGCAAUUGGGUGGUGCUCCUUUGCAAGACAUUCAAUUAGGAACAAAGUACGUACUUGACAACGUGUCAACCUUGGACAGAUCUCGAGUGGUGGCUGCAGGUGCUUCGUACGGUGGGUAUAUGAUGAAUUGGAUUCAAGGUCAUAACGAAGACAAGAUGUAUAAAGGUCUUGUUUGUCAUGAUGGUAUCUUUAGUAUUCAAGGAAUGUACUAUGCCACAGAAGAACUCUAUUUCCCUGAACAUGAAGCAGGCGGUCCCUUAUACGAUCCAAACGUACGUGAAAAAUUCCUGCAAUGGUCUCCCGAACGAUUUGCCGAUAAAUGGGAAACGCCAAUGUUGGUGAUUCAUGGUGGAAAGGAUUAUCGUUUGACGGAUAGCGAAGGUAUUUCUGCGUUUACCUUGUUGCAAAGACGUGGAAUUGAUAGUCGAUUCCUCUAUUUUCCCAAGGAGAAUCAUUGGGUGAUCAAUCAAAAGAACUCUCUCAAAUGGCAUGAAGAAGUUUUAGGAUGGUUGAAAAAGUAUAGC